AUGACACUGGAACUAGAUAACACUCCUUACAUUGAAAUUGAUUCGGUUGAAGAAGUCAUAGAACCCGUAAUGGCCGAGGAAGACAAGACACCUAAAGGAUAUUUAGCAAAGAAAGAUAUCGAAUAUGAGUUUGGAGGACCAGCUGGUGCGAUUGGAAUGAUGGUUGGAUUUCCGCUUUUAAUGUGGUACAUGUGGAUCAGUGCAGAGUUUUACGAUGGAUAUCCAGCUCUUCCUGGAUUGAAUGAGAGCUGGACAUACUUUUUCAAGAAAUUAUUCAGUUACAUUGUUGAAUAUGGAAUUCCCUCUUUCCAAACUUGGUUCUUGUUUACGUUCUUUAUCGUGCUUCAAGCUUUUUUCUAUUUGACAUUGCCUGGUUUUUGGACCAAAGGUCAACCAUUGGCUCACUUGAACAACAAACAAUUACCUUACUAUUGCAAUGCCGUGUGGUCCUUUUACACUUCAAUUGUGUUAGUACUUUUUCUUCAUUUCACCGGUCUAUUCAAAUUACCAUAUAUCAUAGAUCAUUUUGGAGAAAUAAUGACCACCGCAAUUACGUACGGUAUCGUCUUAUCGGCAUCUUUAUACGUAUACUGUUUGUAUGUCAACCAUGACUACCACCGCAUGACAGGCAAUCAUUUUUAUGACAUAUUUAUGGGAGCCCCAUUGAAUCCUAGAAUUGGAAAAUACUUGGACCUUAAGAUGUUUUUUGAAGUACGCAUCCCCUGGUUCAUUUUGUUUUUCUUAUCUUUGGCCCUUGUUUUGAAACAAUUUGAUGAGUAUGGAUAUGUUUCUCCACAAGCCAUUUUCAUAUUAUAUGCUCAUUGGUUGUAUGCUAAUGCAUGUGCAAAAGGUGAGGAAUUGAUAGUACCAACUUGGGAUAUGGCAUACGAGAAGUUUGGAUUUAUGCUUCUUUUCUGGAACAUUGCAGGAGUGCCUUUCACAUAUUGUCAUUGCAUUCUUUAUCUAGCUUACCAUGAUCCAAGUGAAUACCAAUGGAGCACCGGCUACAAUAUCUUCUUAUUCAUUUUCUUAUCUGUUGCAUAUUAUUUCUUCGAUACCGGAAAUCGUCAAAAGAACUCUUUUAGAAAGCAAAUGGCUGGAAUGACAAAGGUUCGUAAAACUUUCCCAUAUUUACCAUACUCUGAUUUGGUUAAUCCGAAAUAUAUUAAAUGUGAGAAUGGAUCACUAUUGUUGACCGACGGGUGGUAUGUUUACGCCAGAAAAAUGCAUUAUACUGCAGAUUAUUGUCAAGCAUUAACCUGGGGAUUAAUUUGUGGUUUUGGAUCACCUUUUCCUUGGUUUUUUCCUGUUUUCUUCUUUAUUGUCUUAGUUCAUAGGGCAUAUAGGGACAUGAGAAAAUGUAAGAGGAAAUACGGAAAAGACUGGGAUAGGUAUCUUGAAGCUUGUCCCUAUUUAUUUAUUCCUUAUGUUUGGUGA